UGCUUGAUGUAAUGGGCGCACUGUGCGCCGCCGAGAUGCCUACGUCACCCUCCGAGCUCUUUGUUAAAUUAAAGACGCGGGUAGCGGAGCAACGCAUCGCAAGCCAAUCCCUCGACCUUCUUCGCGACCGCUGCGCCAUACCUUCACCUCCUCCGCCCUCCACCGCCCCUCCUCUUCCCUAUCUCGUCCUCAGCCGCAGCAUAGCAGGCGUGGUGUUCCCUUUCCUUCCGCCCUCGGUGCUUCCUCGCGUCUUCAUGACCUCACCGUUCUGAUCCUUGGUUGGCCCCAUCCGAAUAACGUCACGUUUCUCGGCAUCAUCCGUCAUCAGCAUCGCAACCAAGCCCGCCCGUCCGCACCUGCCGCAACCAGCUUUUCCGCAUUCCUGCCCGUCCUCAUCCCUGCGCCGACGCCAUGUCUCGGCCACACAGCGCCUUCAGCUCUGUCCCGCCGCCGGACUCCCCGCUGGCAAGUCGAGGCUACUCCUCCAACACCACCGACUUCGCCCACGGCAAUCCCACCCUCUCCUCCCCGCUCGCCCAAUCCAUGUCGACCGCGCCCAUCCACUCCCCCGCCCACUACACCGACCCUUCCGCCGCCGGCGACGAUGCCCCUGCAGGACUGGAUCGAGCGACUUCGACGGCGUCUACGGCUGUACAGGCUUCGGCGCCGGCACGGAGCAAUACGCUGAGGAAAAAGGCCAGCAUGCGUCGCGCCGACUCCCUCAAGCGCAGCAGCAGCAAGAGAAGCCUCAAGGCCGGCAGUCUCGCGGGCUUCGGCGGCGUGGACAGCAACCAGCAGUACAGCAGCUUCUCCACCACCCCGAUCCCCACCCAGGGCUCGCCCACCGAGAUCCUCGCCAAUCGCUUCCAGGCCUGGCGCCAGCUGUUGAAGAGCCUCAUCACCUACUUUCGCGAAAUUCAGGCCUCCUACGAGGUGCGCGCCAAAGCGGCGCACAAGGUGCAGGCUGUCAUGGCAAGCAUCAACACUCCGUCGCUCUUGACGAGCGAGCAUGGCCUGAGCGACGCAACGCACAUCCUUGACGACUACCACAAACGCACCGCCGCAGAGGCCAACAAGUCACGCGAGAUUGAGGAGGAUGUCAUUGGCGCGCUGGCCGGGCUGAGGAGCGAUCUCGGGCAGAAGAUCAAGGAGAUCAAGAGCCUAAGCGGCGACUUCAAAAACUCGGUGGAGAAGGAGAAGGAUGCGACGAGGAGAGAGGUGGAGAAAUUCCAGGAGUCCAUCUCCAUGGCCGAGCGAGAUGACGGCGGUGCAGUGGGCAAGGCGGAUCCUUAUGUCGUCAAGUUGGGUGUCGAUCGAGCUAUCGAGAGGCAGAUCGACGAGGAGAACUACUUGCAUCGAGCAUACCUCAACCUCGAAAGCUCCGGCCGAGAACUCGAAUCCAUUGUCGUUGGCGAGAUCCAGAAGGCUUACAACGCGCUCGCCAGCAUCCUCAAACGCGAAGGCGACGACGCGUACAACGUCGUCGACUCCCUCCGCUCCGGCCCCAUCUCGCUCCCCAAAGACGUUGAAUGGCAGUCUUUCGUCGAGCGAGACCCGCACUUCGUCGACCCCAACGUGCCCCUGCGUCGCGUCGAAGACAUCGAAUACCCCGGCAAGCACCACCCCUCGGCCGUCGAAGUGCGCGCGGGCAUGCUCGAGCGCAAGAGCAAGUACCUCAAAUCCUACACGCCCGGCUGGUAUGUGCUGUCGCCCACGCACCUGCACGAGUUCAAAUCCGCCGACAAAAUCUACUCCCAACCGCCCGUCAUGUCGCUCUACCUGCCCGACCAGAAACUCGGCUCGCGCUCGCAGCCCGGCAGCACGAGCUACAAAUUCCUCAUCAAAGGCAAGCAAAGCGGCACCAUGCACAAAGGGCACAACUGGGUCUUCCGCGCCGAGUCCUACGACACCAUGCUCGCCUGGUUCGAAGACAUGAGCAUCCUCACGGAGAAGACGGGCGAGGAGCGCAAUGCCUUUGUCCGCAAACACGCCCGCAGCUACUCCUCCGCCAGCCGCCGCGCAAGCAUGAGCAGCGACGGCAUGGAAGAAGACGAGGCCGAUCGCGUCCCCUACUCCGCCGAUGUUGCAUCCCUCGCAGCCGGCACCUCUCCACAAGACGCGCGACCCCCGCGGCCCCAACCUGCAAAAUAUUAGUCUUGAUAUCUGAUCGUCUCUCCCUUUCUUCUGCACACAGGCGGCCGCUUUCCCUCCGAUUUGCAAAUCCCGCGUGCCCGAGGCGCGUCAGAGGGCCAGUGGAGCAACGAGAGCUCCGAGCCAGGCAAUGGCGCGGCGGCAGGUGCUGCUUUGGCCGUGCCGCUGGCCGCGAGGUACGCGCACGAUCCGUACC